AUGUCGAACGUCCCUACUCCGCCUCCUUCGUACAGAGAUGCUGCACAAACACCCGCUCCUCCUCCGCUGAGCCGACCGGAACUGUCGCCUCUAACCCUCGAUGGCAAUCUGAUAUAUCCAGUCGUUCCUCCAACAACGGCUCUCUAUGAGCUCACUCACGAGCUAGAUGCUGGCUUUAAGAAAAUUGGAAUUUCACGACUUUGUCCGAACAGAAACACAGCACAGUACGGCAACAUAAGAGAUAAGCAUUUAUACGAUUUCUUGCAACCUGUUUUUUCCUCUUCAGUGGAAAUAAUAGGGAAAAGGCGAAGCUGUCUCUCUCCAGUUUUAUGUCUGCGAAUGUCUCGUGGCAUUUUCAGGAGAGGAUGGGAACUCUUUCGGCUCCGUUUGAAUGGACAGGUGGAUGACCUGAUAUUUCGCAUAAGACCCAGACAUAGCCCGGAGAGGCAGGAAAUAUUGCAGUGGGAAGAUGCAAACCAGUCUCUUGUUGCCGUAGAGACAGUGUGUAUACCCGGCGGCAGUAAUGUGAGGCCUGUGUUACAUAUUGUUCGUGAUAUGGACAAUCCGUUAAUCGAUGCUCUUGUUACUGCAUGGUGUGCAAAGAUAUGGAUAGGUCACCAGCAAUCAGCUGCGGGAAAAGAGCGAGGAAUAGAGGUAAUUACGGGUACGCCUUGUGCUUAG